CCCAAAUCAUAAAGAUCGUUUUCUGAACUCCCCAAGGGAGUAAUGGAAAUUUUCAACUGAAAGCGAAGUAGUAAUUCCUUGGGGGUUCAUCUUCUCUGCCCCAUCCUCUCCUUCAGUGAUGAAAGAUCCCUUCGCCUCUCAGACCACCGCCGCCGGCACAGCUACUUCAACUUCAAGCAUGGACGCUUUGACCGCCACACUUUCCAAUUCCAUCCAAGCUUUAGGGCGUGGCUUCGAUGUCACCGCCGAUAUUCGCCUUCUCUACUGCAAAGGAACACCUGGGUCGAGGUUGAUUCAGCUCGAUGAUGCCCAUACCAGGGAUCUAGUUUUGACUGAUGGGGUUAUGGUUCCCAAUGUGCCUGAUGAUAUUCAGUGUUCUUCAGAUAACAGGGCAACCGAAAACGUCCCCGUUUGCACCUUCCACAAGAUGGCAGAAUACUUCAACCAGAAAUCGGGUAUAUCAGGCAACAUUCCACUUGGAAGCUUCGAUGCCAUGUUCAAUUUCAGUGGUUCUUGGCAAGUUGACGCUGCAGCUACAAAAUCACUUGCUAUGGUUGGAUAUUUGAUUCCUCUCUUUAAAGUUGAAUUGAAAAACUCAAAUUUAGUUUUGCGGGAGGAUAUCAAGCGUGCUGUGCCGUAUACAUGGGAUCCUGUGUCCUUGGCUAGUUUUAUUGAAAAUUUUGGUACGCAUAUCAUUACAUCAGCGACAAUUGGUGGAAGAGAUGUGGUAUACAUCAGGCAACACCAGUCAUCUCCUUUGUCAGAGUCCGAGAUUGAGCACUACGUGAAAGAGGUUGGGGAACAGCGAUUUCUUGACUCCAAAAGUCAGUCAACUGUUGGCCCCUUGAGUUACAAGGAUAAGGAUGUUACUGUAAUUUUUAGGAGAAGAGGUGGUGAUGAUCUUGUUCAGAGUCAUGCCAAAUGGGCAGACACUGUAAAGACGGCUCCAGAUGUGAUUAACAUGACAUUUACCCCCAUCGUCUCCAUGCUUGAAGGAGUGCCUGGUGUGAAGCACUUAGCCCGUGCUAUUGACCUAUAUUUGGAAUACAAGCCUCCGAUCGAGGAUCUGCAGUACUUUUUGGAUUUUCAAAUUGGUAGGGCAUGGGCUCCUGAACAAACUAACCUGCAAAGAAAAGAGCCCUUGUGUCCAUCACUUCAGUUCAGCUUGAUGGGUCCGAAGCUUUAUAUUAGCCCAGAUCAGAUUACUGUUGGCCGUAAACCAGUAACUGGUCUUCGGCUUAACCUCGAAGGCUGCAAGCAGAACCGACUCGCUAUCCAUCUGCAACAUCUUGUGUCGCUGCCAAAGAUUCUCCAACCCCAUUGGGACUCACAUGUCGCCAUAGGUGCCCCAAAAUGGCAUGGCCCUGAGGAGCAGGACAGCCGGUGGUUUGAACCCAUCAAGUGGAAGAACUUCUCACAUGUAAGCACCGCGCCUAUAGAGUACACAGAAGCCAACAUUGGAGACUUGUCUGGUGUUCACAUUGUAACUGGAGCGCAGCUCGGUGUUUGGGACUUCGGUGCGAAAAACGUAUUAUAUCUAAAACUUCUCUUCUCAAAGGUACCUGGCUGCACGAUUCGGCGAUCAGUCUGGGAUCAUAGUCCCUCCAUCCCUGCUACACCACUGAGAUCUGAUGGUGCCUCGUCAUCUUCUAAAACAAGAACUUCUGAAGAUAAAAAGGAAGACAGUUCAAGUAAUGCAGGAAAACUCGCAAAAAUUGUCGAUUUGACUGAAAUGUCAAAGGGACCCCAGGAUAUUCCAGGUCAUUGGUUGGUUACUGGGGCUAAGCUUGGGGUCGACAAGGGAAGGAUAGUAUUGCGCAUCAAGUACUCGUUGCUGAACUACUGAUCAUCGAUCCUUCUUCGGUUUUCCCUUUACGAACUAGAAACAAAAGUUGAGCAUUUUUUGCACAGGAAUUCAUGUGUUCUUUUAUUCCUCCUCUUCCUACAUUGUACAUCUUAUUAGUUUAGUUUGUAGCCAUUUUUUCCUUU